GGGAUGUCCUAUUCAUGUCGCGGAGGUAAGACAUCUCACCUGUAAAUAAAAUCGACAUUGUGGUGAUGUUAGCGUACCUGAAAAGAUGUCCAUAUCGUGACUCAUGUCUGAUCAUUUCUGACAAAUUCACCGGAAGGACAUAGUUGUAUUCAGCCCGAUUCGUAAGUAGAAUUGCUAAAAAACAACAACCAACCAAACAAUAGGCUAGACCUAAAUGAUAGUUGGAGUUGUCCUUCUUUUCAUGUAUCGCUGAAAAUCAUAACGGCGGAUCCAGUGGGGGUCAGAGAUUCUGGAAAUAUACCCAACUAAAUUAAAACUAUGAAAAUAGUACUUUAUAGCAUUGAAAUUUAACGUGAACCGUGCCCGUCUUACAAACAUUCUGAGACUAUUGAUGGGACGUGGCGAGAGAGAGAGAGAGAGAGAGAGAGAGAGAUUUACUCUCGAGGGACAAUAUGUCAGAAAUAAUAACGCAAUAUACGAUUUCAAUUCAUACGCCUCGGGCUUUUCACAGGAUUAUGAAGCAUGUGUAGCUAAGAACCCUGUUGUGUUAUUUAUUAGAGGAGACACAUAUAUAACUUCAGUGAGAUUCGGAUCGGCUGUUAUAGAUAUCAAGACUAAGAACGUAGGACCAUUGUAGUCGAGCAGAUUGUUAUCGGCAUUGGAGAUGAAGAAUCUUAUAUUUCACAAGCACUGAAAUUCCAUGGGAGCGAUUUUGGAAUACAUGUAUAUGAAAUUUGAUGCAUGCAGUACAUGCAGCAGGAAGGAUGUUUAAUUUCUUUCUCUGUGCACAACACUGUCGAAAUCGUUCAGGUUCAGCCCAAAAGCUUAUCAGGGAAGAGUGGAUUACAGAACGGCGAUUUGAUUCUGAGGAUCGGUGAUUUUGACAUGCAGAACGCUACCCACGAACAAGCCAGAAACGAGAUGAUCCGCUCUGGUAACGAUGUGGACUUGGUUGUACAAAGGGGAGGAGUAGCUGCUAAAUCCGCUCCUGAACCACAGCUCGAGGACGACAGGGAAAAAUUCCAAGAGGUGACCCCCAAAACAUACCAAGUUCUACAGAAAGAACUCCCUCAGGCACAGGCUACAGGAGCACGCCCUGCGUCUAUAUUUGACAGACGGAAACAGGAGAGGACAGCCUAUACGAAAACCGACAAGUCAGGCUACACGAAAGCUUACGGACAACAGUAAAUAGAGCACGUGUCCUGUGCACGUGACUUCUACACUGUGCAGUUUACCUCGUAUAGAUGUGUCCUAACUUUCUUUAAUAUGUGCUUCUGUUGAUAGACAUAUUCUGAUAAAAUCUUUAAAACUCACUUGUUAACUAACAAAGCGAUUUUAAAAGUUUGUUUCGAAGAUUUUAGAUGAGUAAUUUUAAUUUACAUGUAUAACUUCUAUUUUUAUAACGAAAUUUCAGCUUGCUUCUGUACUUCUGUGUAUUUCUGUAUAAUAAACUUAUAAAAAUGUA